GUAACCGUGCCCACUGGCCACCUGUGGAGCUGCCUGCGGUGCAGGGGGAUCAUGUCUCAGUGCAAUCCCUUAUCCCAUGGGAUAUUGAAAGAGCUUAGCAAACUUGCAGAGUUGAAACAAAGGGGUCUUGUUCUUUACCGUCACUUCGAGACAAUCAAAGCACACGUGAAGGCGGGCAACUCCGUUGCGAAGGAGCGACGGGACGCAAUAGAGAGCGCGUGGGGGCUGAAGCAGAACGGUGUCUUCGACGAAGAAGAGUGGGUCACGAAGAUUGACGGCGAAACGCAGGGUAUUACCAGCAGCAUCCGCCUGUCCUCUUCAUCCCAACAAGAUGCCGGCAGCGCGCGAGGUGCUGCACCGCCGUCUCAGCAUCCACCUGCUGCUGCAGGUACCGCGAGGAGAAAGGCCGUGGAUCGCGGGAAGCAAGCUAGGGAGAGAGCUGCCACUUUAGGCGGCAACAUCUGCAACGCGUUCGCGAUUGGCAGCCAAGGACCGAUUGAGCGGACUUGCGGUGGAGUGAAAGAGCUCAUAUCCGGUAUAAGCUUCCCACCUCCGACCCCGGAGUCCCGCCGAUCUUGCCCUCACUGUCCCACGACCUUCGUGAACGAGCAAGGCCUUGGGAUCUACGUAAGAACGCAGCACAGCAGUGCAAACAUGUCCAACGGCGUGCGGCUGCGGUGCAUGUUACGGAAGGAUGUCGGAGGGAGUGUCCUGCCGUGGGAAGCAGCCGGGCCUGGGCGUUGUUGGCACGUGAAGUUCGAUCAUGCGAUGGGGACGGCUUCGUUUGUCCUCCAGCGGAAGCGCUUUCUCGAUCUCGACUUGGAUAGCGACGGCUUUAUGGGCCGCAAACCCAAGGACACUCGUCGGGCUCCCAAGCGCAGGCGAUACGACUUCAGGUUCAAAGCCCACGCGGUCAACCAGCUGCGCAUCUUCCAGGACAACGCCGAAGACCUCUGGAAAGAGGAGCAGCGCACGCCUCUUCAGUUCUUGGAGGGUCGUCUCAAGAUUCCCUACAGCAAUAUAGUGAAGUGGGCCAAGAACGAGAAGGAAUUGGUCGCGGUGGCAGCCGAUGGCGUAAAGAAGAGCCUCCUCGCCAAACAGCAGCCUCAGCGGUCGUUUCCUGGGGCAGAGAAGCGACUGUACAAGGGGUUCGUGGAGCGGCGGAAGAGAAAGCUGAAGUUGCCGACCCUGUGGCUGACGAUUACGUUCCGGAAGCUCGUACGAGAGAUGUACCCCGGGGAUCAACGAGCGGCGUCCUCCCGCGCAUCCUUCAGAAGACGGCUUCCAAAGAUCCAGCGCUUCCACCGGCUGUUUCGCAAGCUCCUGCAAGAGCCGGUGCGGUACAGGGCGCCCGAUGAGUCCGACGUGUCGGCAGUCACGACGGUCGCGGAGAGAGAGUCCAGGGUUCCCAAAUAUGGUCAAUUCCAGCUCUGGGAGCGUUGGAAUGUGGAUCAAGUGUCUUUGGCAUUCGUGAACGGGCUGCUCGAAACGUGGGACAAGAGAGGUGCGUUGCGGGUAGCAAUCUCGCAGCCCUUUGCUGGCCUAGAGAAAAGACAGUGCACGAUGCAAGUCACCUUUGGUCCGGGUGAGAAAACCAUGCGCAUUUUGGUGAUUUUCCGAGGCACGGGAAAGCGGAUCUCGCCGGUGGAGAAGGCAGCGUAUCACGAGGACGUGGACGUGUUUUUCCAGGAUAACGCGUGGGCCGACCAAAAGUUCUGCAUGGAGCGGGCGAAGAGGUCCUACCGCGAAGGCCUGAUGCGCGGGCGGGGUGAGCUCCCCAAGGCGAGGUCCAUUCUUAUCGUAGACAACUUGCACGCGCCGACCACGGACGAGUUCAAGGAGUAUCUUGCGAAGCACUGCAACACUCUCGCCUGGUAUGGCCGUUCGGAAUGCACGGACGAGGUGCAGCCAGUUGAUGCAGGAGCCGGACGAUUUCUCAAGGUGGAAGUCGGGAGGCAGAUGGACAUAUGGGUCGAGCAGUCGGACAACCUCGAGAGGUGGGAAACCGCGUCGCUGACAGCUUCUGAUCGGCGCGUCCUGAUCACUCAGUGGAUGGGAGCGGCCAUGGCAAGACUCAACAGCCAACAGGCGUACCGACACCGUCUUUUCGAAAAGUGCGGCAUGGCCAUGACCGUGGACGGCUCAGGAGAUGAUUGAAUCACCUUGGAGGGUUUGGACAAGCCGUAUACCUUCGCUAACGAUGAAGACAGUAGCGACGACGAACAAGGUUCGGAGAACGGCAACGAUGAGCCUGAGGGGCGGGCGGAGGAGGAC